UUAUUUAGUCUCUGAUAUUCUUCCUCUCUCUAGAUCGACAAAAAGGAGCUUCCUUUCUCCAAUCCCCAAAUUUGCAACUCUCACACGCAGGUGCAAUUUCUCAUUUCCAUGCCCUAUUUCUCUUCCCCGAUCUCAAUGCUCCUCAAUUUUGCUACUGACUUCCAAGACUCUAUCACAAUUCCUUCUUCUUCAUCUUCUUCGGUUUUUUGGUUAUAAAGUUUCUCACUUUAGGGUUUCUAUCGAUUCUCAUGGUCUAGGUGUGGAAUCAUUAGUAAAAUAUGUCCCAUUACCAAGGGGAUGAUGCUGAAUACAUGGCAGAUGAAUAUGAAAUGGAAGAUGUUGAUGAUGACAUGGACGAAGAAUUUCGUGCUAGGGAGAUGGGCUCAGACUCUGAUGUUGAUGAAUAUGACUACCCGAAUAACAAAGUAGCUGACAUGUCUGCUGCCGACGCUAGAAAUGGAAAAGACAUCCAGGGAAUUCCUUGGGAAAGGCUUAGUGUUACUAGAGAGAAAUACAGGCAAACAAGGCUAGAACAAUACAAGAACUAUGAGAACAUACCCCAUUCUGGGGAAGUUUCAAGAAAGGAUUGCAAAAUUACUAAAAAGGGGGGCUUGUAUUAUGAGUUUAGACGAAAUUCUAGAUCUGUCAAAUCAACCAUUCUUCAUUUUCAGUUGAGGAACUUGGUUUGGGCCACAACAAAGCAUGAUGUCUACCUCAUGUCAAAUUUCUCUGUCACUCAUUGGUCCUCCUUAACUUGCAGCAAGUCUGAUGUUCUUGAUGUUUCUGGACAUGUGGCACCAACUGAGAAACAUCCUGGAAGUCUGUUGGAAGGAUUCACACAGACUCAAGUUAGUACUCUAGCAGUAAAAGGUAAUUUGCUAGUUGCUGGAGGGUUCCAGGGAGAACUUAUUUGCAAGCAUCUAGAUCGGCCUGGAGUAAGCUUUUGUUCCAGAACAACUUAUGAUGAUAAUGCCAUCACCAACGCUGUUGAGAUUUAUGACAGUCCAAGUGGUGCAGUUCACUUCACUGCUUCAAACAAUGACUGUGGAGUGAGAGACUUUGAUAUGGAGAAAUAUCAGCUCUCAAAGCAUUUCUGUUUUCCUUGGCCCGUGAAUCAUACUUCCCUUAGUCCUGAUGGAAAGCUUCUAACAAUUGUCGGGGACAACCCAGCUGGUAUGUUGGUGGACUCCAGCACUGGAAAGACAGUGGCAUCCUUGUCUGGGCAUUGGGAUUUCUCUUUUGCAUCAGCGUGGCAUCCUGAUGGGGUCACCUUUGCUACUGGGAACCAGGACAAAACAUGCCGCAUUUGGGAUGCUCGAAACCUGUCCGAGUCAGUUGCUGUUUUGAAGGGAAAUCUUGGUGCAAUUCGAUCAAUUCGUUUCACAUCUGAUGGCCAAUAUAUGGCAAUGGCUGAGCCUGCAGAUUUUGUGCAUGUUUAUGAUGCAAAAAAUGGGUAUGAAAAGGAGCAGGAGAUUGAUUUCUUUGGUGAGAUAUCUGGUGUGUCAUUCAGUCCUGACACAGAGGCUCUUUACAUUGGAGUGUGGGAUCGCACAUAUGGUAGCCUCCUUGAGUAUGGCCGUUGCCGGAACUAUUCAUACCUUGACUCCUUUGUUUGAGUUGACUGCAGAUAUGUGUGUUGGUAUGGUUUUUUUUUUCCUUGAUGCAAUUGAGGAACACAAUAAAAUCAUACAAUGUAGAAUAAGGUUUAGGUGUAUAUGUAUUGCUGUUGUGGAAUUUUAGGUUCUCGUGGUUCUAUUAGUCUUGGUGCCACUGUUGUUGGGUUAUUAUAAGAUGUGUAGAAAGGAGGGUAUGUACAGGAGGCUAGAAAGUAACAUUCAAUGCGAACAACAAAAUGAAAUCAAACUUCUGCUUCUUCAGGUAGAGGACAUUUUGUAA